GACUGACAAUUACAAAAAAACAUUAAGAUAUUUCCUUAUGAUUUAACAGAACACAACAAAAAACAUGCUUAAUGUCGUCCAAAGCCUUCAACAAUUUACCAAGAAAAGAAAAAAGAAUCCUUUCGCGAACAUAUUAUUUUUAUUGAUAAGUUGUUUCUGGUAAUUUCGCAGCCCAAUUUUCAAGAGUAUGGAUAAAAUGUUAAAAUACUUUCCACAAUGUGUUUCAGGACUCAAAUUCAGAUCUUAGUAACUGGGUUAACCGUAUUCCCUCUAACCUCCUCCCUUCUUCUCAUAAGCGCCCUUCUUCAAAUAAGCGCCUCCAUUAGAAACGCUGUUUUCUGUUUCCUUGUUAACAUUUUUCAAACUUUUUAAUAAACACUCCUAAUAAGGCAAAAAUUGCAGUAGAGUUGCACCGGUCAAUUUAUAUGGAAUCCUUUUGACUAACUACUAUCAGUAAAAUUUUGUAUCCCUACAGAUCAAACUAAAUGUGAUAGUGCCCUUGAAAUUAAAAUUUCUCUGUCACACAAAAAAUUUCUUGAUCUAAACUGCGCCAUUUUGUUGUUGACGUCAAUGAUAAAAAAAUCAAUUUGACGUCACAUAUCUAUAAGUACUUUUUAAUUCUUGACAGCAAAAUAGACGGGACAGAACCUUUAAAAUGAAAAUUAGUAGAAUAGAAGCAGAAAAAUUUGUGUGUAUGACCAAAACAAACGGGAUGUCUUUACGAGAUUCUAUUAAAACCACCCUUGAUCGAGUGUUAACAGAACGGCCAAGAAAUGCUGCUGAAAUUAUUGAAAAUAUUUGGCAACAACAAGAUAAAGAUGGUAAACUAACUGCCACAGAAAGCAGUUCGGCGACAUCUCAGUUUGCACAGCUUCAGAUAAAAUUAUUUGACAAAACAAUUGAUGAAGAAACGGCCAUUGCGGAACAAGAAGAUGAAUACGAGAUUCCAAUACCAAAUUUAUCCCUUUUAUCGUUUUAUUUUGAACAAUCUGGAGUGGGGCUGGGUCAUGAAGAAUUGUACCGAAUUUUAUUAUCCAUGAAGAAAUUGGCAUUGGAAAACAACAUUUCUUCAGCACGUUUUUGGGGUAAAAUGUUUGGAACAAAACAAAACUACAUCAUUGCUGAAGUGGAAUUUCGUGAGGGUGCAGGAGAUGAUCCAAUCAAUGAUGAAGAACUGGAUCUCGAUGAAGUUGCCAAAGUUUUGGAAAAUAGUGAAGCUCCAGCAGAAGUUAAUGAUUUACCAGAAUCAAAGUGGAAAGAAGAACCAUCUAUUCCAAUGGAGGAGCACCGUGCUGGAGUCAACAAGAACGUGUACUUUAUAUGCAACGAGGCAGGAGAAGCGUGGCACCGCCUCCCUCAUGCUACUCCAGCUCAGAUUGUCGCUUCACGUAAGAUUUGCAAACUUCUUACUGGAUGUUUAGAUUCCAGCAUGGAAACAUGUCCACCAUUUCCUGGCAACGAGGCUAAUUACCUUCGUUCACUGAUUGCUCGAAUCUCAGCAUCGACACACAUUAGUCCAACAGGCUAUUACAUGUUCGGAGAGGAAGAAGAUGGAGAAGACGACAUCAACGAUACUUGCCUCAAAAAUCUAGAAUUUGUAGGUCUAUCUUCAAAAGAAUUGAAAGAUAUUUCAAUGAGUAGUUGGGUACAUCAUAAACAGUUUAUUUUGCCGCAAGGAAGAUGUUCGUGGUACAAUCCCUACAUGAAGCAAGAUGGAGAUGAGGAGGAUUCGGAUGAAGAGGAGAAUACUCAGAGCAUCAAAGCAGAAGGUGGUCCGCCAUUACUUUCUACUGCUGCUAACGACAAGCAUCACCAUGUCGCUGCAUGGUCUUCUGCUUUGUCAACAAAUUUGAUGUUGAAAUACGCAGUGUUUGUUGCCAGGUCCAACAUAUGGCCGGGUGCAUAUGCAUUUGCAAAAGGAGAAUUUUAUGAAAAUGUUUACAUCGGUUGGGGAAAGAAAUACUCGUCGAAAUGUUUUAAUCCGUUUUGUCCUCCCCCUGCUUUCGGGGAAUAUAAGCAUGAUUUGAACGUUGAGGAAAUGGAAGAUCCUGACGUUGAUAUGGAGAAUGCUGCAAGGAAUGACAACGGUGCGGAUGAGAUUGAUUCCACGAAUGAAAACGAGAACGCCGAAGACAUGUAGAAAUUUUUAGUUGAAAAUAAAAUGUAUGUUUAAUCUGAA